GUGUAUGUGUGAUGUUUGACAGGGAAAAUCCAGAAGCAUGGCAAACGAACCUGCGAGCUUCUGGACUCAGGCAAACGCUCUCCUUAGAAAGAAUUUAACGUUUCAGAAGCGAAAUGUUAAAACAAACGUUCGACUCAUCAUGUUCCCGUUCCUGCUAUGUCUGUUGCUGCUUCUGCUUCAACGCCUGGUGGAUUCUCAAUUGGACAAGGCAGAGAACAAGUGUGGGUGCGAGUGUGUGAGGAGAGAAGGAGACACGUGUGUGGAGGAGGAGUGCGGGAUUCAGCAUUCGGAUUUGGACCAAGUAACAACCUGCGCCAUUCCAAAUCCUCCUGAAUGGUCUCCUCUGUUGCAGGUGCCGGCUCCGCAGUACCGAGCUGUGAGAACGGACAAUUUUCCCUUUUCCGAUUAUCCAAACGCCUCCUGCAGGAGGAACGGCUCCUGUCCUGUCACUAUGCUCUUCACUGGGACAAAUCAGUCUUUUGGAGAAAUUAUAUCUGGGAAUAUGAUUCCAAGUUUCUUCACUGCUAUAAACAGCUCUUCUGUUAUGGCUAGUUUGGCAGCAAAUGUCGCUGGAUCAGCCUCAAAUACAGAAAACACCAAUUUUCUGGAACCUGCUUUCUUUUCGGAUCAACCUAUUUAUUAUCUUCAAAGUCAGUGCACGCAGAACUCUACAUUUUCCAUUUCUUUUGAGCUAUCCGCAGCAAUUAGCAGAGAACAAGAGUUAGUUUGCGCCGAGGGCUUACCUUUAUGGCGUAAUAGUGCUUCUGAAGUGAACAAUGAGCUAUAUAGAGGUUAUCGGAAAAGUAACCUAGAGGAACAAAUCCAAGAGAUAGCUGCCGGUUAUGAUUUUUUGAAUUCAAAUGGGAGAAUGUUUAAUGUCAGCAUAUGGUACAACUCCACCUACAAAAACGACACUGGUUCUACUGAAAUUGCAUUGGCGCGUAUUCCUCGUUCUGUUAAUUUGGUAUCAGACGCCUAUCUGCAGUUUCUGUUGGGACCUGGUACCAAAAUGUUUUUUGAGUUUGUAAAGGAAAUGCCAAAACCUUCAACCCCAAUUAAAUUUGAUUUGGCUUCUCUUUUGGGUGGUCUGUUCUUUACAUGGGUUAUCCUGCAACUUUUCCCUAUUGCCUUGACAUCGCUUGUAUAUGAGAAGCAACAAAGAUUAAGAAUCAUGAUGAAAAUGCAUGGUCUUGGUGAUGGGCCAUAUUGGAUGAUUUCGUAUGGUUAUUUUCUGGCCUUAUCAAUUGUCUACAUGCUGUGUUUUGUGAUAUUUGGCUCACUCAUAGGGUUGAAUUUCUUCACAAUGAAUGACUACAGCAUCCAAUUCGUGUUUUAUUUCAUCUAUAUAAAUUUACAAAUUGCACUGGCUUUUUUAUUGGCUUCCGUGUUUUCAAAUGUUAAAACUGCUACAGUAAUUGCAUAUAUAGGUGUGUUUGGAACUGGGCUAUUAGCUGGCUUUCUUUUCCAAUUUUUUGUUCAAGACACAUCAUUUCCAAGAGGGUGGAUCAUUGUUAUGGAGCUGUAUCCUGGGUUUGCUUUAUAUCGUGGGCUAUAUGAGUUUUCGCAAUAUUCGUUUAAUGGUGACGCUUUGGGGACUGAUGGUAUGCGCUGGGGCGAUCUGAGCGAUAGCGAAAAUGGCAUGAAGGAGGUCUUAAUUAUAAUGUUUGUGGAGUGGAUUUUGGUGCUUUCCUUUGCCUAUUAUAUCGAUCAAGUUUUGUCAACAGGAAGCAGAAAAAGUCCUCUUUUUUUCUUUAAAAGAUUUCACAAAAAGCCUCAUUCAUCUUUUCGGAAGCCUAGUAUCCGAAGGCAGAAAUCCAAGGUUUUUGUUCAGAUGGAGAAACCUGAUGUCACUCAAGAGAGGGAGAAGGUGGAGCAACUGCUACUUGAACCGACCAUCAAUCAAGCAAUUGUAUGUGACGACCUGAGAAAGGUCUACCCUGGGAGAGAUGGUAACCCUGAGAAAAUUGCGGUGAGAGGGUUGUCCCUUGCUUUGCCUCAAGGAGAAUGCUUUGGUAUGCUUGGUCCCAAUGGUGCUGGGAAGACUUCUUUUAUCAAUAUGAUGAUUGGUCUCACGAAGCCAACCUCUGGUACUGCAUUUGUUCAAGGUCUUGACAUAAUAACUCAUAUGGAUGGAAUAUAUACUAGCAUGGGUGUAUGCCCACAACAUGAUUUGCUUUGGGAAUCCCUGACUGGAAGAGAGCAUCUACUCUUUUAUGGAAGACUUAAAAAUCUUAAAGGUUCAGCCUUGACAGAAGCAGUGGAAGAAUCGUUGAAAAGUGUAAACCUUUUUUAUGGAGGAGUUGCAGAUAAAAAAGCUGGAAAGUACAGCGGAGGAAUGAAAAGGAGGCUUAGUGUCGCAAUUUCAUUGAUUGGAGAUCCUAAGGUUGUUUAUAUGGAUGAACCAAGUACUGGAUUAGACCCUGCAUCAAGAAACAACUUAUGGAAUGUUGUCAAGCGUGCAAAACAAGAUCGUGCAAUCAUUCUUACCACACAUUCGAUGGAAGAGGCAGAGGUCCUAUGCGAUCGAUUAGGAAUAUUUGUAGAUGGAAGCUUGCAGUGCAUAGGAAACCCAAAGGAGUUGAAAGGUAGGUAUGGAGGAACCUACGUGUUCACAAUGACAACAUCUGUGGAUGAUGAAAAGGAUGUAGAGAAUCUGGUGCGAAGGCUUUCCCGAAAUGCUAACAAGAUCUACCAUAUCUCUGGUACACAAAAGUUUGAGCUACCAAAGGGAGAGGUUAAAAUAGCAGAUGUAUUCAAAGCAGUUGAAACUGCAAAAAGAAGCUUCAGCGUUUCAGCAUGGGGUUUAGCUGACACCACAUUGGAAGAUGUCUUCAUCAAAGUUGCACGUGGGGCUCAGCCAUUUGACACCUUGUCAUAGUUUCAUACUCUGCUUGUACAGGAUUUUGUUAGUUUUCGGCAUGUAAUGAUAGGUUAACUCAGAUUUUUUUAAAAUAUUUUGAUACAAUAAAUAUGUCAUUUUUUAUUUUUUUGAUAAAUACAGUAACAUGAAUUGGUGAAAAAAAUGA